CACCCAUCACUCACUGCGUGACCUGUAACAGGUCUAUCUUCUCGGCCCACCAUAACCCUCGCGGCGUCUUCACACGUAGCCAUGGAGCCCAACUGGGGGGGCUUCUACAACUACUAUCCUCAAGACUCUAGUCGAGCCUUUGAUCGACCCCAGCAGACAUCCAAUGCGAACGAUGCCACCACUUCAUCACACGAUGAACAGUCGCAUCGUCGACACAUGAACCCAGGUCCAUUUUUACCUCCACCUCCACCCCCUGGACCACUAUCUCAUUCUUCCGGUUCCCCCCACAUGAACUUGCCACCAUUCUCUCAUUCCUUCUACUCUUCCUAUCACCCACCGUCCCAAUCUUCACCACAGAGCGGCGGCGGCGGCGGACCAAACCUUGGUGGCCUGAGCUCAUCCUACGGUGCAAGUUCAAGCUCUGGCUUUGGCGGUGGAAAUAAUGGCGGAGGCAGCAGCUAUCACGGCGGUGGUGGUGGGGGCAAUGGUGGAGGUCCAUCUGGACACAACAACUCGGCCGGGAUGGGAACGGCUAGUCCGACGACUGCACCGGGACUGAUGGGCGGUGGCAUGUCGCGUGGAAUGCCAAGCAAUACGCGUGCACCUCACAGUUAUUCUGAAUCCCCUCGACUCGGACAUGGAGGAAUGAACAACUAUUCAUCCAGUCCAGGAUUACAUCACGUCUCUCCGACUUCACCAACGACUCAUCUGAUCCCUCAGUCUUUGUUUGGGGGUGGAGGCGGGGGAAACACUGGUCCCGGCGGGAACACUAUGAAUGCCAAUUCCAGCGGUGGUUUUGCGGGCGGUCCGUUGAGAUCAGGUGGCAUGCAAGGGUCGAUCAAGCGCAAGGAUCGGAAAGGAGGUGGUGGGGGUGGUGGAUCGCCCAGUAUCAGCGGAGAAAGUUGGGAUGAGUCUGACAAGUCUGGUAAACCGAUCAUCGGAGAAGAAACAGAGGAGCAACCUUGGGGAAUGCCACAGGAUCAAUACAAGGCUUUGAACCCGAGGGAUAAGAAACAAGUGAGGAAUAGGAUCGGUGCGAGGAGGUUCAGAGCAAAGCGAAAGGAUUAUGUCAGUAAUCUUGAAAGCUCGUUACGCGCGAGAGACGACGAGAUGAACGCGCUCAAGCAUCAGGUGGAUGCGUAUCGUACUCAGAUCAAUGAGCUGAGGACGAGGUUGGGCAUGCCCUUAUUAUCCCCUCAGAUCAGUAACAGUAGCAGCACACCUGGACUGGGAUUACUGGUCAGUCAGAGUGGGAGUGAUGGCUGGGGUGAUAUCAAGGAUGACUAAUCAUAAAGGGUGAUCUACAUAUUUCUAUAGUUUCUGCAAAGUGCAUGUAUCUACACGAACACACGCGC